AUGAGCAGUGCUGCUCAGAGCCCGCCAGCCACGGUCUCGGGCGCCAGCUACGCCGCUGCCGCUGUCACUAUGGCCCAUUACAAAGCCGCCGACUCGAAGCGGGAGCAGUUCCGGAGGUACUUGGAGAAGUCGGGGGUGCUGGACACGCUGACCAAGGUAUUGGUAGCCUUAUAUGAAGAACCAGAGAAACCUAAUAGUGCUUUGGAUUUUUUAAAGCAUCACUUAGGAGCUGCUACCCCAGAAAAUCCAGAAAUAGAGCUGCUUCGCCUAGAAUUGGCAGAAAUGAAAGAGAAAUAUGAAGCUAUUGUAGAAGAAAAUAAAAAACUGAAAACAAAGCUUGCUCAGUAUGAACCACCUCAGGAGGAGAAGCGUGCUGAAUAGGAAUCUUCUCAAUUGAAAAGACACUGACAAAAUGGUUUUGUAUGACUUGAAUAGUUUGUAUAGUAUAUAAUCUUUUCUGAACAGAUGCUAUAGAACUCUUUUAAUAUGUUGAAUUCACCUACCACACUUUAACUGUUAUAUAAAACACAUAUACUUAGAAUCACCAAUAAAAACUCAAUAUAACUUUCUUUGGGUCUUAAAAGCAGGAGAAUCCAAAGUGAAUCCCGAAAAAAAAAUCUAAACACAGCCAUCUAAUUCAUUACCUUAAAAGACAUUCUGUUUAUUAGUCUGACUAGGAAUGAUGGUACUGGUGGUAUUUUAGCCAAGGAAGUUCAGCAUGGAGCUGUUCCUUGGUUUAGUUCAGGAUAUGAGCACAGGUACCUUCAUUCUUUAAAAUGAAGCCGACACUGUUGUUUAUAUCCUCUGUAGGCAGCUGGAAAGAUCUGUGUGACAGAAGAUGCUUUUGCACGGGUUCCCAUGAAUCUUCUGCUCUUGUUUAUAUAACGUGGAACAAAUAACUCUUCUUUGCCACCACUCUGCCUUAGAUAACCGUGUGUGUGCCAGUGUGAACUCUGACACCACGUGUCCUUCUAUGCAAUCAUGCCCUACCUGAUAACGUUGCCUUGCUUUGCUCUGUGCUUCAGUGGGUCCUAGCUGCACAUUGGCCUGUGUUGUUUUUCGAUUUGCCAUACUAGCAGUUAUCCUGACUGUAAUUUAUAAUAACUUAAAGCAGGAUCACACUGUUCCCCUGCCUUACUUGUUGCUUAGCUGAGCACAGAACAGAGGCAAUCUAAAAUUCUGGGUUCAUGCACAAGCUGGGAUAAGAAGGGGAAUGAGCCGUAUAUCGUGGAAAAUUAUAGUUUGCGGGUAUAAUUAUACAGUGCUUUUUCCCCCUCAAAGUAUUUUUCUAGCCUUGAAUUCAUUUUAUCUUCAUUAUCCCUGUGAAGUAGGUAGGGCAAGUAUGAGGGGAGGUUGGGUGCUGAAUUUUUAGGCCAAAGACUGAUAUUAAUACAAAUUAUUUACUAACUGUAGAACCUUGGGCACAUCAGUCAACUGCUCUGAGAUUCACUUUCCUCAUAUGUUAAAUGAGAAUAGUAUCUGUGCUGCCUACCUCACAGGGUUGUUGUGAGGGUCAAAUGGAAUGUAUGUGAAGAUCUGUAAAUGGUAAAGCACUAUAUUCUUGUU